UAAACCAAACAUAACAGCAGAAUGCAGUAGAACUAGUCAAUUGCAAUGGAGCAUAAGUUGCACUGGAUUACCGUCGCCGCUAAUGGAAUAGUUAUUCGAAGGAUGUGCUCUUGAAUUUUAACAUCUCUAUCAGCUGAUAGAUAUCGAUGUUGUUUUCGGGGAUUUUUUUUAUUUCUAAUUGAAGAAGGAUAUAUUGUAUAUUAAUUGCUGUACAUACCUGAAGCAGAAAAGAAUGUAUUUAUUAAAGAAAAUCCGAUGGUUUCAUGUUGCUCUUCUUCUGUACUAUCUAGAAGCUUCUUUUGCUACAAGAAGCAAGCGUCAGAUUGUCUUUGAGGAUGACAGACGCAACACCCGACCACAGAGCGCCGAUUGCUGGACACCUGAUCAACUUCCUGGUAGAUGCAUUCGCUUAACAAAUUGCCAAGCUUUACGCUCUACAACGAACUAUAACCGUCUACGACGUUAUUUUUGUGGCUUCGAAGGAGAGGAACCGCGGGUUUGUUGCCCUCUUCCCAGAGAGGAAGUUCGCUUUAUCCCUGGUACAACAACGACAAGGAGGCCCACACCCACCAGAAGAAGGACCACAACUAGACGACCCAUCACCACAAGUCCUCCCAGGAGAAUUACUACUCAACCUCCUGUGACCCCAGUAGUAUUAGAAGAGAGAAGUUUUGACAAACCAAGCUUUCUUCCUAAUGACUGUGGCACAACGAGGCACACGACAACUAGAAUAGUUAAUGGACGAGAGGCAGAUAAAGGAAGCUGGCCGUGGAUGGCUGUCGUCUUUGUAGAGAGAAGGAAUGGUAACAAAAGCCCUGACUGCGGUGGCUCCCUAGUCACCAACAGGCAUGUAAUCACAGCUGCCCAUUGUGUUGUAACCGGAAGAGGCAACACCCCGAUGGAACCUCGGUUAUUGAGCGUGAGAUUAGGCGCUCAUGAUCUGAGAAAAGAGCGUGAGCCUGGUGCUGUGGACGUCAACGUAGAAUCCGUGCGACGACACGAGCAGUUCGAUCCUCGCACUUACCGUAACGACAUUGCUGUUCUAAAGUUGACUCGCAGCGUUCCUUUCACGGAGACCAUUGCUCCCGUUUGUUUGCCAUAUGAUAGCUUAAGAGGUCAAAAUCUCACUUUAAAGACUGCUUUUGUCAUCGGCUUUGGAACGACUUCUUUUAAUGGUCCUGCAAGUAACGUACUGAUGGAAGCUAGUUUUGACAUACAAGAUCAAGAGUACUGUAGACAAGCUUAUGAAAGAGAACUGAAUAUUACCAAAGUUUACCUUUGUGCUGGAACACUUGAUGGAUCUAAAGAUUCUUGUCAGGGUGAUUCCGGUGGACCUUUAACAACAGUUGGAAAAGGAUCCCGAUUUUAUCUCGUCGGUAUUGUGUCUUUUGGGAAGUUAUGUGCUCAGCCUGGUUACCCAGGAGUUUAUACCAGAGUCACUGAGUUUCUAAGCUGGCUUGCUCAAAAUCUCUCUAACUGAUAUUCUGAAGGAAUAAGUACAUAGACACUAAUUUAAUUCAUUUAUCAAACCAACAAACUAUUUUUGGUAAUACUUCUGAAAAUAGAAGGAAAGACUGUAUUUCCUUUUCCGAUAAGACUUGAAAGUGCAAAUGAUAUAUGAUGAAUUUAUGCCACUAUUAUCUUUUUUAGUUUGAAAAAUACGUUGGUGAGAUUCACGUUAUAGUGGCAUUCUUCAAUGUGAACGUUUGCUCAAAAUAUUUUAAAGGAUAUUUGCUACCUCGACGUUAGAAUAUCACUGCAUGCAUGAAUAUACCAUGAAAUGUUAAAAGACAGUAUUUUUAAUUUUUUUAAAUAAAUAUGCAAAACAUUGUUUAUUGCUCAGACUUUGAAUUAGCGAAUGCUAAAUAAGCUGAACGUAGCUCAUCAGUUAGGUAUUCUAUGGUGGCAUUAAUUUUGUUUUUAGUACUUACUUUUCAGACACUGAAAUGCCAUCUUUCAAUGAUAGUUGACAUUUAUUAUUGCUUGUAGCUGAAAGGAACUUAAUUUUAUCUAUGUUACCCAUUUUUCCUAUGGAAAACCAAUUAGCAGUCAAAAAUAUAUAUCUGUUAAUUAAAGUUUAAAGUUUAAAGAGAAGGUCAUGGGUUUAAGCUUUAAAAUGGCUCAAUUCAUUCAAAAAUGUUUCAUACACAUAUCAGAACCUUUAUUAUUUUUAAUGAACAAUUAAGAAUGAUUUUCUUAAGUGAAAUUAUUGAUAAGUUAUUAGAAUUAUUUUUUAGACUUACGAAAAAUGUUAAAAAGCGAAAACUUACUGUUAGGUCAAUAGGAAAUACCCAAUUCAUCUACGAGAGUAUUUCUUCUUCCACACCAGUUAAAGAUAAAAAUAAAAUAAUUAUCUUACAUUUAGAUAAAUUCAUUGGAUUGAAAAUGCAUAAAUUGAUAUAAUUUUGUUGCAACUGACAAUAAAAGUUUUAUUUAUGUA